AUGCCAAUACCAAGCAAACACCAAGCCAGCACCAUGCCAACACCAAGCCUGUUCCAAGGAAACACCAAGCCUGCUCCAAGGAAACAUCAAACCUGCACCAAGUCAACACAAAUCCACAACCAAACAACCACCAAGCAAACACCAAACCUGCACAAACCCAAAACCAAACCUGCACCAAAGACCAAAGUCAACACAAAGCCAACACCAUGCCAAUAUCAAGAAACCACCAAGCCAACACCAAGCCAGCACAAAGUCUGCACCAAGCCAGCACCAAGCCAACACCACCAUGCCAACACCAAGUCUGUACCUAGCCAGCACCAAGCCAACACCAAGUCUGCACCAAGUCGCCAAACAGCCACCACCAAGCCACCACCAAACUUGCUCAAGCCUGCACCAUGUCAUUACUACACCUGCAUCAAAUCUGCACCAAGCCAGCACAAAGCCAACCCCAAGCCAGCACCAUGGCUGCACCAAGCCAGCGCAAAGUCAACACCAAGCCAGCACCAAAGCAAGCACUAUGCCUGCACCAAACCAGCACAAAGCCAACACCAAGCCAGCACCAAGCCACAUGAAGCCAACACGAAGCCAGCACCAAACCAGCACCAAGCCAGCACCACACCUGCACCAAGCCUGCACCAAGCCAGCACCAAGCCAGCACCAUGCCUGCACCAAGCCAGCACAAAGCCAACACUAAGCCUGCACCAAGCCAGCAUGAAGCCAACACCAAGCCUGCACCAAAUCUGCACCAAUCCUGCAUGA